GGUGUAAGCGGAGAACUGGGACCGUCUCGGAGGUGCUGGAAAUAAAAACAACAGCUAGCAAGCUGAGCUGCUAGCAACAGCAAACACAGUUUGUUAGCAACUACUGAUAUAAAUUAACGUUGGAUUUGAUCGCAGCACAACAAACAUAAUCUUCUAUUGAACCCCAUGGCGAUGAGUCGGGCAAUGGUCCAUGAAGAGUUUUGUAUACACAAAGAGUGGCUGGUCCACCAGGGACAUCACCGGGCACUGGAACACAGAUAACACCUCCAAACUGAUAAACCAUGAUCCCCAUCACCGAGCUGCGAUACUUUGUGGACACACAGCCAGCAUACCGCAUCCUGAAACCAUGGUGGGAUGUGUUCACCGACUACAUCUCCAUUGUUAUGCUCAUGAUUUCUGUGUUUGGAGGGACACUACAGGUCACCCAGGACAAGAUGAUUUGCCUGCCCUGUAAAUGGGUGGUCAAUGAGACCUGCAAGAAGAACUUCAAUUCCACCUUCUCCACAUCAUUGUUUUUGGAGCCCAAAGGGAUUCAGUAUGAUCUCGACCGUCACCAGUACAACUAUGUGGAUGCUGUGUGCUAUGAGAAUAGAUUGCACUGGUUUGCCAAGUAUUUCCCCUACCUAGUGUUACUUCAUACUCUUAUUUUCCUAGCUUGCAGCAACUUUUGGUUUAAGUUUCCACGGACUAGUUCCAAACUAGAGCACUUUGUAUCCAUCUUGCUGAAAUGCUUCGACUCUCCAUGGACAACUAGGGCGCUGUCAGAGACCGUGGUCGAAGAGAGUGACCCAAAACCAAUGAAAAUGAACGGUUCAAUGGACCACAAGGAGUCCGUUAUCAGUGAGGAUGUUGAAGCAAGUGUUCCUAUGCUCCAAAGGACAAAGACGCGCUUUGAGCAGGGCAUUGUAGAUAGAACAGAGACUGGGGUUUUGGACAAAAAAGAGGGCGAACAGGCAAAAGCGCUGUUUGAGAAGGUGAAGAAAUUCCGUAUACAUGUAGAAGAAGGAGACAUCGUGUACAGACUGUACAUCCGUCAGACUAUUAUCAAAGUCAUAAAGUUUAUUUUGAUAAUAUGCUACACAGGGUAUUACGUGCACGAUAUUAAAUUCAGUGUUGAUUGUUCAGUCAAUAUAGAGAGUCUGACGGGCUACAGCGUGUACCGCUGUGCUCAUCCGUUGGCUACACUUUUUAAAAUCUUAGCCUGUUUUUACAUUAGCUUGGUGGUGGUGUAUGGUUUGAUCUGCAUGUACACACUUUGCUGGAUGCUUCGGCGAUCUUUAAAGAAAUACUCCUUUGAGUCGAUACGGGAAGAGAGCAGUUACAGUGACAUACCUGAUGUGAAGAAUGACUUUGCAUUCAUGUUGCACAUGAUCGAUCAGUAUGACCCUCUGUACUCCAAACGCUUUGCUGUGUUUCUCUCAGAAGUGAGCGAGAACAAGCUGAGGCAGCUGAACCUCAACAAUGAGUGGACACUGGACAAGCUCAGGCAGAGAAUAACUAAGAACUCUCAGGAGAAGUUGGAGUUGCACCUUUUCAUGCUAAGUGGCAUUCCAGACACAGUGUUUGACCUGAUGGAGCUGGAGGUGCUUAAACUGGAGCUCAUCUCAGAUGUCACCAUCCCACCGAUCAUCGCCCAGCUGGUCAACCUGCGAGAGAUGUGGCUGUAUCACACACCAGCUAAAAUCGAAGCUCCGGCGUUGGCUUUUUUGCGUGAAAACUUGAAGUCUCUGCACAUCAAGUUCACCGACAUCAAAGAAAUUCCCCUAUGGAUCUACAGUUUGAAGAAUCUGAGUGAGCUUCAUCUGACAGGGAAUCUCAGCGCUGAGAACAACCGUUACAUCGUCAUCGACGGGCUCCGAGAGCUCAAGAGGCUCAAAGUUCUUCGUCUGAAGAGCAAUCUCACCAAGCUACCUCAGGUGGUGACUGAUGUGGGCAUGCACCUCCAGAAGCUUUCCAUCAAUAAUGAAGGCACCAAGCUGAUGGUGCUCAACAGCCUGAAGAAGAUGGUGAACCUGACGGAACUGGAGCUCAUUCGCUGUGAUCUAGAGCGAAUACCGCACUCAAUCUUCAGUUUGCACAACUUGCAGGAGAUUGACCUGAAGGACAACAACCUGAAGACCAUUGAGGAGAUCAUUAGCUUCCAGCACCUUCAUCGGCUGGUCUGCCUUAAGCUCUGGUACAACCAGAUUGCCUACAUUCCCAUUCAGAUUGGCACACUGACUAACCUGGAGAAGCUCUACCUGAACAGAAACAAGAUUGAGAAGAUCCCCAGCCAAUUGUUUUAUUGCCGCAAGCUGCGCUUCCUGGACCUGAGCCAUAACAACCUGACCUAUAUCCCAACAGACAUUGGCUUCCUCCAGAAUCUUCAGUACCUGGCAGUGACAGCCAACAGGAUUGAAAGUCUGCCUAAUGAGCUGUUCCAGUGCAAGAAGCUUCGCACUUUGAACUUGGGGAACAAUUGCCUGCAGUCUUUGCCGUCUCGCUUUGGAGAGCUAACUGGGUUGACACAGCUAGAGCUGAGAGGAAACCGUCUGGAAUGUCUGCCCGUGGAGCUGGGCGAGUGCCGGCAGCUAAAGAGAACCGGUCUCGUGGUGGAGGAGGACCUCUUCAACACGCUGCCCACAGAGGUUAAGGAACAGUUGUGGAAAGUUGACAAAGAACAAGCUUAAACAGGUUUGUGAGUGAAAACAGAUACUCACGAACUGUGCCCUGACACGGGAGGAAUGCCCAUACUUGCUGAAGCAGGCAGUAGAUCUGCUGCAGUGUACUGCCAGUAAGGUUGGGUAUCAAGAACCAGUGCCAGUUUGACAGAACCCAAAUACUAAUUCUGGUAGCUUUUGGUUGUUCUCAUAGCUAACUGUCCGGUUAAUUUUGUUUAUUCCCCCAUGAACAGUUCCUUAGGUCUUUCCACUGUAACACAGUAAUGAUGCUUUUUAGCAAUAAUUAAGCACUGCCAUUGUGAUUGGAAGUGUGUGUUUACACACGAUGUAGCAAGGUGGUCUCUAAGACCUUUCUCUCCUGAUUGCUGAGUAUAGAUAAUAGUCAAACAGUUGCAUCAUAACAUGCAAAGGAAAAAAAAAUCAUGAAAUCUGGAAGGUCGAGAGGCCGAAACUCUGUCUUUUAUUUUGUUUGGAAAAGAUUUAAGCUGAUGUUCACUUAAAAUAUUUUACAAGUCAUCUGAUUAUGUCACCAAAUACCAAUACCAAUCACAAGCAAACUACACGGUCAAGCAAUCCUUUAAGUUUUAGUCAGAAGAGUGGCUGUGGCCAUGAAGGCUUUUAGCUCUUUACCUAUUGUUCAGAACUGACCUGACACAAAUUUGAACUGUGUUUCAGAGGGAUGACAAUGGCCUUCAAAUACCGUCAUGUGUGCUUUGUUUGAAAAUGUUAAGAAAAUCAUGAGUGUAUGACACGAAAUCCAAAAUCAGGGAGAACUAAUGAUGAAUCAUGUCAAGACAGGUUGUAGAUUUUGAGAUCCUCAUGUCUGAGUAGGUGUUGUAUAAGGUUAGAAGAAAAGGGUCAUUGAGGACACUGUAAGAAAUGCAAGUGCUGUAGAGAAGGAGAACCAGUUGUCUUUGGCUGGCCGGAGCUUUACAUUUGCAGGGUAGGGAUGUCACGAGGGCCGUUGAUGCCAAAAUUCUGAUGUCACAUGCCUUGGAGAUGCGAUUCUUCCGGGACUGACAAGAGUAGUAUAACCCUACGAGAGUGCAAGACUGUCAAACUCGAAGAGGAGGGCAGGGUAAACAAUAAAAACAACGCAUGGAAUGACAGCAGCAUCUGUUUUACCAACACUACAAACAUUAGCUCGUUAAGGCUAACGUAGCAACAGCUCAUAAGGUGAGCUAAGUGCUCACAACAUUAGUGUGCUACUGUCAUUACUGUUCAAAUACAACUCUGACUUUUAGACAAAACUGCUGCUUGCACUUUGACUCUAUAGAGGUGUGUACAUGUGUGUUAGCAAACUGUGUGAGCAGCCCCCGUUUUUUCUGAUUUUUUUGCUGUGGUAUCGACUUUUGUGGAAUUUCAUUGGUAUUGGUACAGACUUCCAAAUUUCUGGUAUCAAGACAUCCCUAUGGCAGGAUGAAGGGAUUGAUGGUCUCUUUCUGAGGAAAGAUGUGUGCUGUGUUUGAGGAAGGGCAGUUACUGUACUGAAUGCUACCCAGUGGACUAGCAUAACAAAGCAACAACUCCCACACAGUUACAUUAUUGAGGCAUCUUAUCAGGAAGCGGAUACCCAACCCUUACUGUCAGUAAACUAAGCAGUGGGAAUUGAGCAAAUCGUUUUCAUAGUCAUGCUGCAUUCACAGUAUUUGUUUGCAAUGAAUUGCACAAAACAAAAUGAACAAAUGUGGGGAAAAUGCUGAAAAGGUUUUGAAUGAGAUGAGUCUUGUCUGCUUCAUAAGAAUUCAAAUGAAGUCUGAGGAUAACAGUGAUGUUGAAAUGUGUUUCAAAUGUGGACAAUAUGUCUGACACUAACACAGACGCUUACCUGAAACACUAGAUUGAUUAAUUACCCUUGCAACCACUGGUCUACAUGUAUGCCCUGAUAGUUGAGUGUUACUGUCUGCAAACAACUUAAAGACCAGACAUGCCCUCAAAUCUGGGUCUGGGUGCCUGGCCUUGUGUUCUUUUCAGUUUAUCAUAACAUUGUAAUAUGAUGUUUCUACUUAAUAGGGAAGCUAUUCUGUUAUUUUAAUAUAACUGAACUGCAUUACUCAAAUAUUGUGCAAUGUUCAGUGUAGAUGUUCAGCCGUGCACAAGUUUACAGCCACCUUUGAUGUGAGCUAUCUUAAUUGCUACAUAAUGCAUACAUAAUUCAUUAAGGUGAGUUGAAGAAUAAUUUAGAAAUUUAAUCAGUUUAUAUAUAUAUAUGUGUGUGUGUGUGUGUGUGUGUAAAAAAUUUGAAAGAACAAUGCAAUAAGGUCCAAAAUGGCCACUAAUGAAACAUCAUUAAAUCUAAAAUUUUAGGCUUUUGCUUCAAAAAGCUCAAAGCUUUUAAUAAACAAGCCACGUUCCACUUAAUCAAAAGAAGAAAUUAAAUUAAGUCAUUUCAGUGGCAAGAAAGGAUACAUUUUUGAAAAGAACCAUGGAUUUCAGGUCACUUGCCUUAACCUUAAUUUACUCAUUUUGUAUUAUGUCCUAUUUCUGUUAUUUUCGUUGUAGCAUCUUUCAUUCAAAACAAAUGAUCGUACUCUUGACUAUGUUUUAAUGCAGAUAAUUGUCUUUAAAGCACUAAGCUAUCCAGGUCAAGAUGGUAAUGGACAGUUUUGCUGGUUUAUAUUUUGCUUUAAUUGCUUUGUUUCAUCACUUCCUGUGGACACUCAGUAAGUGAUGAUACUUGAAACCUAUAAUCAAUUUGGGCAAAUAUUCAUAUAGUGUCUCAAAUGGGAUUAAUGAUUCUUUUCUGUUAUAGCCUCACCUUGUCAUUGGCUGUGCUAAUUUUAUUUUUACAUAAAGGGUCUCCCCUAGUGCAGCUUUAACUUUCUUAACCAGUUUUGUUGUGCACUGCUGACAUCUACCACAGAGAGUAAAAGUCUGAAGGAAAUGAACAUUAUGAUUGAAAUUAUCCAGUAAAAAAUCUAUCAUUGUUAUUUUGUAAAAGUGAUUUGAGUUUAAAGAUUAAUUACUGAAGUGGCAAGCUCAUUUUGGGAAUGAAAGUGGAUUGUUUUUUUAAUUGUGUGAUGGAUUGGUUUUUUUGUGUGUUUGUUUUUGUGGCAGAUACACUCAUCUCAUAUGUUAACCUAUCCCUGCCAGGGAAAUAAAAACAGACACAAUGCUAAAAAUGAUUCUCAAAGAUUACAAAGUAAUAUCUUUUUAUUUUGACUUACUGAAUUAGAUCAGUGAGAUAGAUAAAACUUUUGACUUGCCACCUUACAGCAAGCAGGUCCUGGGUUCAUAGAUUUUAUCUUAGUUUCUCACAAUUUUGACUUGCUGUCAUAUUUUGUCACAGCUUGAUACAUUUCUCAUAGUUGUAGGAGAUAUUUUGAGAAGUUUUAUUUAUUUCUUCUUUUUUUGUUGGGUCUUGUCAUGAAUGGGCUUCCAUACUUUUCAGGUCAUCUAAUUGUUUUCGUUUAUUUCUCUGGCUUCAAAGUGUGAUCAUUUGUAGAGAAAAGUUGAAUACUUUUUUGCCUUAGAGAGUCUUUUCUGCACUUGCAUUUUGCCACAGUAAACAGCAUGAUGCUAAAAAUGUGGAAUUUAAGAUCAAUGCACAGCUCUGACACAGCACAACACACAACAGGGGUUCCUGUGUUUACUCUGAGAUAAAAUAUCAGUUUAUGUUUUAAUAAACCUAACUGCAAGAAAAGUUGGACCGUAGCAAUAUACAGUACAAUAACUGGGUUGAAAAGCAUAGGAAUAGUUGUGUACAUUUAUUUCAAGAACAUGGUUAACUAUCCUAUAUUGUGCAAUAUUGCCUUUAUUUAAGCUAUGUAAAAGUUAGUAGUGAUGUAGUUUUCUAAUGUGCAUGGGCAUUCUUUUUGUCACAUACAUUUUACCAACGUGAUGGUGAGAAUUUCAAGUUAAGUAGAUUAGAGGAGAUUUUUGAUUCUAGAGAAUGCUUUUGCACUACGGCACCUCUCCCACAAGUUACAUUUAGGUAAAUGCAAGUAAUGGUAUACAACUUCAGUGUCUACAAUGCAUGUUUUCUGGUAUAGGAAAGGUUCAAGUGAAUGACUGCCAGCCAUGAGAUUAAAAUGGUAUUUGAUUACUAUUUUAAGUAUUUAAGGAACUACACAUAGAAAAAACAAAUUCUCCUCAUCCUUACCUUUAAGUCCCAACUGGAGCAUUAAAUGAUAUCCAGAAUGCCUCAGCAAUACACCACAGAUUAAGACAAUCAACCAUCGUAAUUAAAAGGUGACAUCACAAAUGUCAAAUUUGAAGUCCUAUAGUGAGCACUGCAAGUAAAUGAUCAGUACAUUUAAAACUACUUUGUGUAGAUUGCUGAUAAAGUGGUAUCAGUAAAUAGAUUAGAUUUUUGUCUCACAGUCAUGGUUAAUCUUUUUUUUUUCUGUAUCUUCCUUUCUUUUUUUUUCUUUUAAUAAAUUUGACUCAUUUUAUUUCAUUUUCAUUUUGACAGCUAUUAGUAUUAUGAUAGUACAACUAAAUUUCUCAGGAAACCAGCUAGCACUCACAUUCUUUUUUGAGUUGAUUGCCUAUUUUUUUAUUACACCUGGUAUUUUUAUUUAUUUAAACAGUUGUGAUAACAUUUUUAUAUGCAUUUCUAUAAAUUCUUUUCUAGUUUGGUGUAUUUAAUAUUGACUGCUGGUUUAAAACAAAAUAUGUUUGUGAUUUUAAAGAAACCACUUGGUUUAACCUUGAUUCUGUGUUUUUGUCAAUGACCAUGUAUUAAUUGAGUUGUGUCAUGUCAGAAUUGUUUAAUUGUCAUUGUGAUUAGCACAGAUGAGGUGUGUAUGAGUGUGUGUAUGUAGGUUUGCAUAGUGGGACUGUCACCCCUUGGUGUCCUCUUAAAAUGAUUAUUUUUGGGUACAAAAUUGUUUUCAAUGUUCCCUAACCCAGUUCCAGUCAUCAUAGGUGAUGUUCAAAUUUGGUUUUGUGUGGUAUUUUCUUUUUUUUCUUUGCCAAAAGUUUUUCAUUAAAAAGGAACUCAUCAAUGCAACAGUAUUGAUAUGAAUGAUGUGGCAAUAAGUGACUAUUCUGUUUGAACAUGUCUCAUCCUCUCUUGUACACCAUCCAUUAGGGUAAAAUGAAAUAAAGUUUGUUGACCAAAUUA